GUAACAUACUCAUGUUCCCACUACAACCGCGUAGUACCCCACCCCACCCUGUAUAUAUAACCUUCUACAAAUCUCAACCACCCUUUCUUAUACAAAAAUCUCCUUAUACAAAAUGAUGAGACCGCCACCACCACCACCAUCACCACCACAACUAGCCAUUCAAUUCAGCUCACUAAACUCCAUAUCUCAAAGCUUCACCAGCAACAACUCUUCCAACAACCUCGCCGAUAUCGCCGCUAGAGUCGUUGCAGAAUUCCGUAACGAUGACGACGAUAUCUACAACUUCAUCCAAGAUGACAACGAGCCAGAAAUUAAUUCUACGGAAAAUCAUGAUGACAUCUACAACUUCACCGAUGACGUCACUCACGAAUCGGAACCUAACCCUACCGAAAACCUAAACCUAAACAAAAACGACGACGUAUCAGAAUCAGAGGAUUCAGACGAAGAGUUUGAAUUCGCCGUUGAUUCGAUCUUCUUCAACGGCGAGAUCCUGCAACGGUAUCCGUUAUUCGACCGGAGUUUAUUGCUAAACGACGUCGUUCACAAAUCCGAUUCGAAGCCUGUACGGCAACCUCUUCGGAAGCUUUUCAAGCUUGAAACGGAAACUGAAACUGCGUCGUUUUCGUCAUCAGAAUCCGACGAUCUCAACGGAGCUACUCCAGGAACGUACUGCAUCUGGAAGCCGGAGAUCAAAUCCGUUACGAAAAAGAGUAAUUCAACCGGAAGUUGUUCGAAACGGUGGAGGUUUCGGAAUCUUAUUAACCGGAGUAACAGCGACAUAAGUGUGAACGCCGCUAAGGAUGCUUCCGUUAUCGUUGUCCGUCAUUUAACGGCGACGAAGAAGAGGACGGAAAAGGUGAAGAAGGUUGAGAAAACGGCGAAAGUUGAACCGGUAACUGUAACAGAUGAAGUAAAGUCCAGAAAUAAAUCGGAUAAAACGGUUACGGAAGGGAAUCGGAUUCGAUCGUACCUCCCGUAUAAACCAGAUCUGGUUGGAUUGAGUAGGAAUUUGCAUCCGUUUUGAAUUGGAUCAUUGGAUCUGCUGUUAUAAGGUUUAUUAUACUGUAUACAGUAUAUAUGAUUAGUGUAUGAUUAUAUGUGUGUAUAUAUAUAUAUUAAAUAUAUGUUCAUAUGUGUUUGUUUUGUUGAAUUGAAUAUUUCCGAUUUGGAGUG